GAGAAUUUCACAAAAAAAAAAGAACUUUCAAGUAGAAAAAACUGCUAAGCUAAACGCGAAAAAUUUGUGUAAAUAUUGUUGAGCAUAUUUUGUAAAUAAUACACACACGGCAUGUUCGAGCGAGCGCGCGACUAAUUCGCGGAAAAAACUGACAACAAAAAAUAAAUUCACACCAGAGACAAUACAGCUACAGAUACAGAUACAUUGUAAAGUGCGCGCUAGAUACAAAUAUCAACAUCAACAACAAUAAAUACAAAAGCGAAUUUCGCCAGAAAUUUGCAUUUGUCAUCGGCACAGACGACAACGUCGCCUGUUGCGCCUAUUAAAGGCAAUUACUACCUAACCGAUAUCACAGAGAAUAUAGACAUAUAUCCAACAAACAUGACGCUGGAUAACUACAAUAUCUUUGGCGAUGAAUAUCCACUGUUCAACAUGCCGUUAUCGCCUUUGCCCAAAGUGCUCGUUACAUUUGAUGGCAUGCAGAGUGCACCGACGCUGACAACGCCGACGUUGACGCCGACGACGCUGCGCACCAUUGAGGAGACCAUCUAUGAGCUGACCACGGAGCCGCAAAUUGUGCCCUUUCAGGCGGGCUUUAAGCCACCGCCGCUGACAUCGCUGGGCGCUAUAACGAACAAUACUGUCACGCCCACAACGGCGGCGGCGGCGGCAGCUGCCACAUUGGCGGUGGUGAAUGCGAAUCCGAUCAAUGCGAAUCCGCAAUUCGAUUUGCUUGGCCUGAAUUGCAACAGUUUGCGCGGCAGCGAUACGGAGGACUCCAACGGUUCCUGGAACGAUGGCCAGCUGAAUGAUGACCAAAGCACAACCGAUACUUCUAGUGCCGCGACAGACAGCACCUCGUAUCAGAAUGGUGGCCACAUGCUGGGCAAUGGCUCCAAUAGUGGUGUCAACAACUUCACCGUCGCUCUGGCGGCGGUCAACAAUGCUGGACGCGCCUCUGGCCAGGCUGGCGGCAACUCAACUACCUCAAACAGUGGCACUCCGGCGCGUCGCGGCGGCGGACGUCGGCCCAACAAGGCGGCCAACAUGUCUCCGGAGGAGGAGGAGAAGCGUCGCAUACGACGCGAACGCAACAAGCUAGCGGCGGCGCGCUGUCGCAAGCGACGCGUCGAUCAGACCAACGAGCUGACCGAGGAGGUCGAUGCGCUGAUUAAGAAGGGCGAGGACAUGAAGAAGGAGAUUGAGAAUUUGAAUGCGACCAAAAACCAGCUGGAAUAUGUCCUCCAGGCGCAUAGGCCCACCUGUCAGAAGGUGCGCAAUGAUCUGCUCAGUGUGGUCACAUGUAAUGGAUUGAUUGCACCGACCACGUUGCUCAGCGCCGGCAGCUGCACGGGCACUGGUAGCCAACACAGCAACAACAACAACAACAGCAGCAACAACAAUAACAGCAACGGCAGCAACAACAACAACAGCAACAGCAAUGACAGCAGCAGCGGCGGCACCAUCACCGGCUUCGAUGCCACACUCAAUUCCACGGGUCGCAGCAAUUCACCGCUGGAUCUCAAGCCGGUGCUAACUGAUGAGCAGCUGCUGCAGCACAUCAAGAACGAACCGCAGGAUGUUGGCCUCGAUUCGAGCUCAUCAUUGGACCAGGAUGGUCCGCCGCCAGCCAAACGUUGCUUUGCGCUGCCCAACAUUGCCGCGCUGACCGCAUCCCUGACGACACCGACCGACCCCGGUUCCUGUUCACUGAACACGCCCAUAACUAGCACGGCGCCAAAUAUAUUUGCUAAUUUUGGCGGCGACCUCAACAGUCCCACAUUGAAUGCACUGAACAAGCUGCCCAAGGCGCGUCCCAAUACGCUCAAUGUCCAACAGUUGCAGCGACCAUUUGUCGUCCAGCAAUUGGGCAACGAUGGCAACAGGGCGCCACCCACACAGAUACAGGGCGUGCCGAUACAGACGCCAUCGACAGGCACCUUCAAUUUUGAUUCGCUAAUGGAUGGCGGCACUGGUCUGACGCCCGUAUCCGGUCCCCUGGUGCCCACCUGCUCGUCCCAGAACAAGCAUCCGCUGGAGCUGCCAACGCCCACAAGUGAGCCGUCCAAGCUGGUUAGCUUAUAACCAGUGUAGGGUGCGUGGCGGUGGCGCGCGUCGCUAACAAAGUCAAACAUUACAUUUAGUUUUUAAUCUGUAAACAAGCAGCAUGCACCAUGCAGCAUGCAGCGUGCAGCAUGCAGCAUGCAGCAUGCAGCGUGCGGCAUGCAACAAUUGAAGCAUACAGAUUUACGUUUACAUAGCGAGCGCUAAUUUAGAUUUAUACACAAUGUUUUCUCUACUUUUGUAACGUUAAUUUUUUGUAAUUUGUAAACACGGAUUUGUUGUCCGGCACCUGCCACGCCCAGUCGUGCGACGGUCUGGUGUGGCGGGCAGGCGGAUGGCCUGGAGAGCCGAGCCGGUGUAAAAGUUCUGCUACUUUAUUUAAUAAUUGUAAUUGUUUUCCCUGUUAAAUGUGUAACUGCUUUUGUAUUAUUAUCUUUAUUACGUUUAAUUUAUCAUUUGCCGUAUCAAUUAUUAAUAACUCUAUACAUAUAUGCUAUAUGAUAUAUAUAUAUAUUUACUUGUAUUUUUGUGCAAUUUUUUAAACCAU